AUGUCUGUAUCCAUAUCAUUUCACUACAUCAACAAAGCCUAUGUUGUCGGUGAUUGUAUCCAAGGCUUUAUUAGUAUCACCACCAAACGAAGAGCUAUACUCACUUCUCUUUACUUUAAUAUAUACGGCAAGACAAUAACAAUUCCAAACAUAAACAACUCAAAGCCACAAAAGGAGUAUACACAAUUUUUCAUCUCUUCAAACUUCCCACCACUUGCGGAGCAAUGGAAUUCUUCAAACGGACCUUUCUGUCGAGAGUACCCAAUCGGAGUACAUGUGGUCCCGUUUUCUAUUCAAGUGCCUUCAGUACCUUCUCCAUCAGUCACGUUGAAGAAUGGAAUUGGUAUUAAAUACUUUCUACAGGCUACACUAACAGUACUUACUCUCAAAAAAGAUGAUUCAAAGACACAACUUUCGACGUUUUCAGAAGAAUCUGAAAUCCAGAUCAUUUCAUUUAAAAAGCAAACACUCGAACAAAACGUGACAUUUAAAGAAGAGAAGACAAACAGCUUCGGCUUGUUUUUGAAAUUGUCGUGCAACACUUCAGUUGUUCCCAAUCAACCCCUCAAAGUGACUGCCUUUAUUAAAAAUACAACAGGCAAUUUAGUCAGUCCAGUAUUAAUGUGGCAUUCCGAGCAUCAGUACAAAGAGACUUAUCUAGUUUUAAAUGGCGGUGUUCGACACUUGGGAGAUGUUGAAACAAUCACCGAAAAGGAAGUCACAAUCGACACUUCAAAUCUCUUCCCAACAAUAUCACAGAAAAACUUUUCAAUUCGGAGUUUCUUGGAACUUCAAAUCUCCUAUUCCAAAAGCACCAUUGUGUGUCGACUUGAAUUGAACGUUGGGUGGGAGAUGGUGUCUGUUGAUGUUAAUAGAGCAAGAGGGGCGUUACUUGGUGUUGAGUACAUAUCCGACAAAAUGGCGUUUUACGGCGCACACAUGCGACCGACACCAGAGUGUGACGAAACAGUCGAAAAGAAGGUUUUUGAGAACAAAGUGUAUUACGUCAAUCACUUGCUUAGAAAAUGUUACAGUGACAGUAAAUGCUUGAGUAUCACUAACGCACGAUACCCACUUCCCGAAUGUGAGAAAUUGCCAUAUGGGUGGGGUAUAGGCUCCGACAGAGGAGAGAUCUAUUUUAUCAACUGGAAUAAGAAAUAUACCACUUGGAUCGACCCACGACCAUUCCCCAAUCGAAAGGUAGUUGUUCGGAACAUAUCAGUGACUCUAUUUAAAGGAAGAAACUUUCCAGCUUUGAAGGGGAAAGUGUGCACAAGUUAUUGUGUAGUGUUUGAUUCGGAGAAUAGGGCUAUCCAAUCGGGUUCUUCCACAAAAUGUGUCGAUCCAAUCUGGUCUGAAAACAACACUCUGACCUUCAGUAACUCUCCUGAUCGAGAGAAUUUCGUGUUAUACUUUUAUACAAAUAAAAAGUUUGUUGGUGGGAUAGAUCUUCCUAUGUGGCGAAUAGCGGACAAUGGGAUUAUGGAGUGGUUCCAACUCCGAAAUUUUGGAGACUUUGAAAUACCACAAACAGGGGAGGUCUUGUUGAAGAUAUGUUGGGAAGGAGACACACAACCUGUUGAGAAAGAGUGUGUGUUGGCCCAUUUCCCACCUUUUUAUUGCAACAGCCCAGCGACAAAAGACCAAGAGAAGUACAUCAACAAAUAUCGGAAGAAGAAUAAGGAACUUCCCGAAGAAUUCAAAGUGAGUGGUGACUUAGUGACUGGUAAAAAUGUGUUCUUUUUGGAAGUGGGAAUUAGUGAAAACACAUUUGUACUUGGUCAUGCGGUGAAUUAUGAUGCAAAUUGGGUCGGCAAAGACCUCGACAAGUCGCCAUUUCUCUCUUCAACUGAUUGUCAACGCCGCGAAAAGCGGAUGGCCAGUUUGUCUGCAGCGUCGACUCCUCUCAAGUUGAACAACACCAAAACACUUUUGUCAUUACAAAGAUCGACUCCAUUGCACAGACCACAAAGAUCAUUAACUGGCAGCUUGUCGAGAAAAGCCGAAGAUGAAGAUUUGGAAGAAGUCAUGGGUGCGCUCACCGAUAGACAGAGUGUGUAUUUACGAAAUAGAAACAACUCGAUGAGUGAGAAACCGUGCAAUUUGGGGGAUUCUCCGUUGAUGCUUGUCGACGAUAAGAGUGAAGAACAAUUUGCGCCAUUGUCUAAAGAGGUUUUCCAAGAAGUUGUGAUGGACAGAGAGGAUAUACUCUCGCGAAGAAAAAGGCUACUCGAUGAAGAAAAGUCGAAAGCCAUGGACGAGUUGUUGCACAUCGAACAAACCCAACAUUCACCACGGCGAAAUGAAUUAAAAAGAGAGUCCGAGGGUAUUCUAUCUCCACGGUCCCCAGUAAUAUCGCCGAGGUCAUUACAAAACAGUUCAUCGUUAUCACCACGAGGUGGCGCGCACAGUCCUCCGAACAACACACCACGUAAUAUCAUUGUAAUUUCUUGUGAGUCACAAAAGCUGAAAAGCGAGCGCUGUGAGAAAAGGGUGAGCUCUCUAUUGAAAAAGUCCGAGAGCGACAAGAGCUUCGAGUCUCAUGUUGCUUCGUUGGGUGUAGUUGAUGAGGUCGAAUUUUCCCCUUCAGAAAAGCGACUACUGGGAUUAGUUUGA